AUCUUGAACGCGGGAGGGCAUUUUGAGUUGGAGGCCCCGGUUUUUCUCCAUUUAUCCAAAUCAGGUAGCCGAAAGGUAAAUGAGGCUUCAAGUUGGGCGGCGGGCAGCGAACUUGACAGAACCUGGAAACUGCAGAUCCGCCGCCCAACCCAGCCGCCAGGUCCCCGUGACUUCCGCUUUCGGUCUCAACUCCUCUCCCUGAGGAGAGUGGUUUAAACGGUGAAGGCUGCGGGGCGUCGCCGGAAGUGUCGUAAACGUCGGAUAUCCGGUUCUUCUGGGCGCUAAGGGAGCUGACGGAGAGGGCCACCGCCCAGCAAUAGACGGUGCCUCAGCCUGCCGAGCCGCAGUUCCCGUGGUGUGAGUGAGUCUGGGCCCGUGUCCUCUCUCCCGCCGCCGCCAUGGGCUGCACGUUGAGCGCCGAAGACAAGGCGGCAGUGGAGCGAAGCAAGAUGAUCGACCGCAACUUACGGGAGGACGGGGAAAAAGCGGCCAAAGAAGUGAAGCUGUUGCUACUCGGUGCUGGAGAAUCUGGUAAAAGCACCAUUGUGAAACAGAUGAAAAUCAUACAUGAAGAUGGCUAUUCAGAGGAUGAAUGUAAACAAUAUAAAGUAGUUGUCUACAGCAAUACUAUACAGUCCAUCAUUGCAAUCAUAAGAGCCAUGGGACGGCUAAAGAUUGACUUUGGGGAAGCUGCCAGGGCAGAUGAUGCCCGGCAAUUAUUUGUUUUAGCUGGCAGUGCUGAAGAAGGAGUCAUGACUCCAGAACUAGCAGGAGUGAUUAAACGGUUAUGGCGAGAUGGUGGGGUACAAGCUUGCUUCAGCAGAUCCAGGGAAUAUCAGCUCAAUGAUUCUGCUUCAUAUUAUCUAAAUGAUCUGGAUAGAAUAUCCCAGUCUAACUACAUUCCAACUCAGCAAGAUGUUCUUCGGACGAGAGUGAAGACCACAGGCAUUGUAGAAACGCAUUUCACCUUCAAAGACCUAUACUUCAAGAUGUUUGAUGUAGGUGGCCAAAGAUCAGAACGAAAAAAGUGGAUUCAUUGUUUUGAGGGAGUGACAGCAAUUAUCUUCUGUGUGGCCCUCAGUGAUUAUGACCUUGUUCUGGCUGAGGACGAGGAGAUGAACCGAAUGCAUGAAAGCAUGAAACUGUUUGACAGCAUUUGUAAUAACAAAUGGUUUACAGAAACUUCAAUCAUUCUCUUCCUUAACAAGAAAGACCUUUUUGAGGAAAAAAUAAAGAGGAGUCCGUUAACUAUCUGUUAUCCAGAAUACACAGGUUCCAAUACAUAUGAAGAGGCAGCUGCCUAUAUUCAAUGCCAGUUUGAAGAUCUGAACAGAAGAAAAGAUACCAAGGAGAUCUAUACUCACUUCACCUGUGCCACAGACACGAAGAAUGUGCAGUUUGUUUUUGAUGCUGUUACAGAUGUCAUCAUUAAAAACAACUUAAAGGAAUGUGGACUUUAUUGAAAAGCAUGGAUGUUAGUGAAAGUUACUACAGUGUGGAGUGUUGAGACCAGACACCUUUUGCUGUCUCAUGGGGCAGCUACAAGCAUGAACGGGACCAGGGAAUGGCAGCAGCAUGCAGAAUCUUAGCACUCUUUAGCACAAUAUUCUGUAUUAGGGAACUUUUAAUUGACAUGAGAUGCUAAAGUCAGACAUUGGAAUUGGAAGAACUGUAAAGUGUGAUUCGAUCAUCAAGACAUCACUUGGAUUUCUUAAUCUUAAAUGCUUAUGGAAGAUGUGAAGUUGAGGUGCUGCAUUCUAGAACUUCAAUAUGUAGCUUACUCUUUUUUCCCCCCUUCUUAAACCACCAGUGGUUCAUUUUUAAGGUUUUUUCAUCAAGAAAAGAAUAACUUUACUAAAUUUUAUUUCUUUAUUUACGAAAGAAUCUUUAUUAAAACACAAACAAUCUUAACUAUGCACAUGAUGUGACCAGAUCAUCUUGAAAAUAUUCCUCUUUAGUAGGAACUCUUUGUUUUUAACUCUUGGUAUGGUCAGAAUAUAAUACUUCCAUAAUUACUUACAAUUCUUGCCAGCUACUGGGGCUAUAAAUACAACUUUCUUUAUGAAAUUUAUGUUAUUAUCCUGCUCAAAGUACCAUUAUGGUUUCCAUAUGGUAAUUACAUUGGAAAGUUCUGCAAUAAGAUUCUAGUUCUCUCUUUUCUUUAAGCUUAUGGUUGAAGGUUAACCUUGUUUGUGCAGAUUACCAAAUUACUGCUGAUGUAGUAUGAUAAAGUCAGCUUCUUGGAUACAGACACACCCAGGGCAGCUGCCGAUCAGAAAUGCAAAUUGCUAAAUUCCAAACAGAACCAGUGUCUUUGCUGCUACAUAUUUACUAAAUUGACCACUUUGAUUCUUGCUUGUUUGUCUCAGUUAUAGGGAGUUUUGUACAAGGUGCCUCUUGUUUUCCAUCUUCAUGGCCUUUUCUGUUGAGAAACAUCUAAAGUGUAUUAACAGUGCAUGCUUUUACUUUGUAAAUGUGGUGCCAAAUCCCUGUUUGCCAUCGUUUUUACUGUACCGAUGUUAACUGUAGUAAUCCUUAGUCAGUAUGUUCUUUUGCUGAAACUGUUGCAUUUUGGGACUUUUUUCCACUUUGUCAUGUGUACAUUUUUAAUCUGUUAUAGUUGGCGGCAGUAUUAAAAUGGUGAGUAAAGAGCCCA